AUGGAAAAUUUCAAUGUUGAUAUUAAUGAUUCACCAAAUGCUUCCUCAGCUGGAUCCUCUGAUUUGUCACAAGAGGCUUUCUUUGAGCUGUGCGUUGUUGGGAAGCUGUUGACGGACAAGCCAGUGCGGUUCCAAUUCAUGCAGGAGAGGCUCUCAAAACUUUGGUGUCCUGGCCAAGGUGUUACCAUUGAACAGGUUGAAGACAACAAGUUCAUAUUCCAAUUUUACCACCAAUGGGAUAUGGAAAGAAUCCUACAAGAAGGGCCAUGGACGUUUGAUGGCUUUCUGCUAGUGCUUAAGAAGGUCAACAUUGGCGAAGCUAUUGCUGACACAGUCCUAGAUGAGGUUGAAAUAUGGGCUCAGACAUGUAUGGUGUUCGAGAAAGAAGACGGUAAUGCUGUCAAUCUGUCAUUUAAAUAUGAGAAACUUGGUGUAUUUUGUUAUUGCUGUGGUAUCUUGGGACAUACUAAUCAAUAUUGUCCUAAGAGACUAGAACCUGAUUUUGUGGAUGGUGUGCAACUUUGGGGCAAGUUCUUGAAUCCGAGUAAUCGUUCUGUUGGCGGAGGCGUAACUGUGAAUAAAUGGUUGCGUGGUGGUAGGAUGGCUGGUCGUGGUGGUCGUACUGAUGAAGGAAGAGGUACUGGUAAUAGUAAUGGCGUUGCUGAUGUUAAUGCAAGUCCUUUCAAUGUGGUGGUGAUGGGCCCUUCCAGCGAGCAUGCCCUGUUUGGAAGAGUUAAAAUCAUACGUGGUAGGGGCUUUACUUUUCACAAGUUAGUCACAAGUGUUAUUGGCCCUAAUGGGGGAGGUGAAGGUCAAUGGGUUCCUUUUAAUCUGAACAAUACAGACAUUCACAACCAAGUCACUAUCAGAAGGCUAGUUAAUGGUAUGGCUGCUGCUAAUGCUAGAGGCGCUUCUGCAAGUUCUCUAAAUACUAAUGCUAACCCAACACAUCAGCAAACAACUCUCAUGCUAACAAGGAAUACAGGUGAUUUUGGACAAACUUCUGAACCAGGGUGGGUGGUGUGCGCAAGUAAGAAGAAGCCGGUAAUGACAAGACAUAUUGCUGCUGGACCAUUGGUGAUAAGGGACGGUCCUCGUGAUUUACAGGCUGUGCAGACACAAAACACACAAUGUGAUGGUAAAGGUAAAGCAAAAGAAGCAUUUGGCCCUGCUAUAAAAAAGAGAAUUCGGCCAAGUACAACUCAGGUAGAUAAUGUAAGUAUGGUGGCUGUACUUGAACAGGAAGCAAGUGAUAUGGUGCUGGACUAUGUGAAUGAAGGUAGUGCUGCUGAAGUGAACUCUAGUGGUGGUCUUGUUUUGUACUGGAAUUCGUCGGUUAACUGCUCAAUUUCUAAUUACUCUAAUAAUCACAUUGAUGCUGAGAUAACAGAUAUUAAUAAGGGGGACUUCAAUGAUAUUCUUUCUCCUCAUGAAAAGAAGGGUAAUAAUGAAAGGGCGAAUUGGCUUAUCAAUGGUUUUAGAAAUGCUGUUUGUGAUUCUGGGCUGGCUGAUGUACAUACAGAAGGUUAUCUUUAUACAUGGUUUAAAAGUCUUGGCACCACCAGAGCUGUUGAGGAACGUCUUGACCGUGCUCUUGCUACUGAGAGUUGGCAGAUUCACUACCCUCAUGCAGUUCUAGAGAAUCUGCCAGCACCUUCUUCAGAUCACUACGCUAUUAUGCUCUCAUGUGAGCCGAUAUCCAAUAACAGAAGAGUGUUGCCUCGGUUCAAAUUUGAGAAUGCCUGGUUAGCUGAUCCCGAAUUUAGCAGUUUUGUCACUGAUAAGUGGAGUUCCUAUGGAGUUUGCCCGAUUGUUGAUAAGUUAGAAUAUUGCGCUUCUGAUCUCACAGAUUGGAGCAGAAACAAUUUUCAUAAUUUGAAGCGUGAAAUCAAUACUUGUCGACAGAAAAUUGAUAGAAUGAAGAGUCAGGUUGAUAGUGAUAAUAUUCAUCAGUUUAAUGAGUUGAGGAGUCGUAUGACUCAGCUGUUAAUUCAAGAGGAUGCUUUUUGGCGUCAAAGAGCAAAGACUCUUUGGUUACGGGAUGGAGACCUUAAUACUAAGUUCUUCCAUGCUGCGGCUUCUUCAAGACGAAAAAUUAACAAAAUUCAUUCGUUGUUGGAUACAGAUAACAACAGGAUUACUGAUGAAAAUCAAUUGUGUGAUGUUGCUCGAAAUUAUUUUGUUGACUUGUUUCAAGAACAGAUUAGUGACACCGAGCCGGUCAUUGAGGCUAUUGAAGCUUCAAUUUCCAUUGAAGAUAACAAUAACCUCUUAGCCCCUUUUGUUGUUUCUGAAUUUAAAGAAGCUCUUUUUUCCAUGAAGGCAGAUAAGUGUCCGGGGCCAGACGGAUUCAAUCCGGGUUUUUUCCAAAAAUUUUGGCCAUCUUGUGGCGAAGAAUUAUUCCACCAGUGUUGUCAAUGGUUAGAUACAGGUAGUUUCCCUCCAACUCUCGAUGCGACCACCAUAGCUCUUAUUCCGAAGGGUAAGUCUCAAACUUCUAUGAAAGACUGGAGACCUAUAGCCUUAUGCAAUGUGAUUUAUAAGGUGGUAGCGAAAGUGUUAGCAAAUCGACUCAAAGUUGUUUUAAAUAAGUGCAUUUCUGAUAGUCAAUCUGCAUUUGUUCCGGGUCGAUCUAUCCUAGAUAAUGCUAUGGCAGCCAUAGAGAUCAUUCAUUAUAUGAAGUCGAAAGUCAAAGGUACAUUGGGAGAUGUUGCUCUUAAGCUUGACAUAAGUAAAGCGUAUGACAUAAUUGAUUGGAGUUAUCUGAAAAGGGUUAUGAUAAAAAUGGGUUUUUCUGAUAGAUGGAUAAAUUGGAUUAUGAUGUGCAUCGAAACUGUUGAUUAUUCUGUUCUUGUCAACGGUAAUAUUGCUGGUCCGAUUAUAUCAGGUAGAGGGUUGAGACAAGGUGACCCUCUUUCACCUUAUCUCUUUAUCAUAUGUGCAGAAGGGUUAUCAGCUCUCAUCAGGAAGGCAGAGGCUAGAGGAGAUAUUAAUGGGGUAAAGAUUUGUACAAGGGAACCAAUUGUUUCCCAUUUACUGUUCGCGGAUGAUUGCUUCUUAUUCUCUUGUGCAAACACUAAUCAAGGCGAGAAAAUGAAGCAUAUUUUGGAAGUUUACGAAAAAGCAUCAGGUCAAGCAGUUAACCUACAAAAAUCAGAAAUCUUUUGCAGCAGAAAUGUUUCGACCGUGGAUCAUAAUAGUAUAGCUAAUAUUCUUGGAGUUCAAGCUGUAUUGGGCACUGGUAAGUAUCUUGGUCUGCCAUCUAUGAUAGGAAGAAGCAAGAAAGCAACUUUUAAUUUCAUUAAGGAUAGGGUGUGGAAGAAGAUUAACUCAUGGAGCAGUAAAUGCCUCUCCAAAGCAGGUCGAGAAGUUUUAAUUAAAUUUGUCCUUCAGUCUAUUCCCACAUACUUUAUGAGUCUAUUUACUUUACCGUCAUCUCUUUGUGAUGAGAUUGAAAAGAUGAUGAAUUCAUUCUGGUGGGGUCAUUCAGGAGCUCAAAAUAAAGGUAUCCAUUGGAUGUCAUGGGACAGGUUAUCUAUGCACAAAAAAGAUGGAGGCAUGGGAUUCAAGAGUUUAGGGACUUUUAAUCUUGCUAUGCUUGGUAAGCAGGGGUGGAGAAUUAUGACCAACCCUCAAACGCUUAUAGCUAGAAUGUACAAAGCAAGAUAUUUUCCGCAUAGUAAUUUUUUUGAAGCUUCAUUGGGGCAUAAACCAAGUUUUGUUUGGAGAAGUAUUUGUAAUGCUAAAUUUAUCCUUAGAGCGGGAAGCAGAUGGAAGAUAGGUGAUGGGUCCUCAAUUCCAAUUUGGAAUAAUAACUGGCUUGUUGGUAAUGGAUACCUUACACUUCAAAAUCACGGUUCAAAACCUUUUGAUAAUCUCAAAGUUUCGGAUUGUAUUACUCCGGAAGCUAAAGCUUGGAAUGUUCCUUUCUUACUUUCUAUUUUUGAUCAACAUAUAGUGAAUCAGGUGAUGAAUACGCCUUUGUAUCCCUCAGUUCAUGAUGAUAGACUUGUUUGGACGAAGGAAAAUAAUGGUGAGUAUUCUGUUAGAAGUGCAUAUAAAAUGUGUAUGCAAGAAUUACUUGAUGUCAAUCAUUUUAAGGCACAAGGACGUUGGGAUCUGAUCUGGAAGCUUAAAAUUCCUCCCAAGGUGAAGAACUUCAUAUGGUGUGUUUGUCGCAACACUUUACCAACACGUUUACGCCUUAAAGACAAAGGGGUUAAUUGUGAUCUGACUUGUGCUUUAUGCAAUAUGGUGGAGGAAGACAGUUUUCACCUUUUCUUUCGUUGCCCUGGUAGCUGCAAUAUUUGGAGCAUGUGUGAUUUCUUUAGUACUGUGAAUAAUGUGAUAAAUCAAGGUCAGGAUAGUGCAAGUGUUAUUUUCCAAUUGUUGCAGGUGUUAAAUGGUGAUGAGGCAGCGCUGUUCUGCUGCAUUCUUUGGAGUAUUUGGAAGCAACGGAACAACAAGGUCUGGAAUGAUGUGAUUGAAGCGCAGGUUGCUGUUCUGGAACGUGCAAAAGUACUUUUACAAGACUGGAGAGCAGCUAAAUCCUACCAGCAACAUUCUUCAAGGAUACAAAAUACUGUCGAUACUUCAAAGUGGAAGAAACCAGUUGUAGGUCGAUAUAAAUGUAAUAUCGACGCCUCUUUCUCUAAGCACUUAAACAAGGUUGGUAUAGGAAUAUGUAUAAGAGAUGACACAGGUACGUUUGUCUUAGCUAAAACUGAAUGGUUUAGUCCGAUAUGUGAAGUUCGUAUAGGAGAAGCUCUUGGUUUAUUAUCUGCUCUAGAAUGGGUUCACGAGCUUAAUCUUGGUCCUAUGGAUUUUGAGAUGGAUGCGAAAAAGGUUGUUGAUAAUUUCUUAUCGACAAAUCAUGAUGCAACUGAGUUCGGAAAUAUCAUUCAAAAUUGUCAAUCUCUUUUUAGGAAUUAUUAUGAAAACUCUAAGGUUGAGUUUGUGCGGAGACAAGCAAAUGAGGCAGCUCAUGCUUUAGCUAAGGCGGCUACAUUGUCAGCUAGUUUCUAG